CUGGGGGGCGGGGCUUGGAGCCGGCGGAAGGCGGAAGCGGGCGGGGCGGGUCGGCGGCAUGGACGGGCCGGGCGAGAGAAGCACCAACCUGCUGGGGGUGAGGCACAUCCUGCUGGUGCUGUCGGGGAAGGGCGGCGUGGGCAAGAGCACCCUGAGCACCGAGCUGGCCCUGGCACUGCGGCACCGCGGGCACAGGGUGGGGAUCCUGGACGUGGACCUGUGUGGGCCCAGCAUCCCCCGCAUGCUGAGGGUGCAGGACAGGGCUGUGCACCAGUGUGACAGUGGCUGGGUGCCCGUGUUCGUGGGCCAGGACAGGGCUGUCGCCCUCAUGUCCAUCGGCUUCCUGCUGGAGCGGCCGGACGACGCCGUGGUGUGGAGAGGACCCAAGAAAAACGCUUUGAUCAAACAGUUUGUCACCGAUGUGGCCUGGGGGGACCUGGAUUUCCUCAUCGUGGACACCCCGCCGGGCACCUCUGACGAGCACAUCUCCACCGUGGAGGCCUUGAGGCCCCACAGGCUGCUUGGAGCAAUCCUGGUCACAACACCCCAGGCCGUGUCCGUGGGGGACGUGAGGCGGGAGCUGACGUUCUGUAAGAAGACGGGGCUGCGGGUCCUGGGCGUCGUGGAGAACAUGAGCGGCUUCGUGUGCCCCCACUGCUCCGAGUGCACAAACAUCUUCUCCAAAGGCGGAGGGGAGGAGCUGGCCAAGCACGCUGGGGUGCCCUUCCUGGGCUGUGUUCCUCUGGACCCUCAGCUCAGCCAGAGCUUGGAAGAAGGCAGAGACUUCAUCCAAGAGUUUCCCAAAAGUUCUGCCUUCCCUGCCUUGGCUCACAUCACCCAGCAGAUCUUGGAUACAUCACAGCAGAGCUCCUGAGAAGGUUGUGGAGCUGAACUGUUUCUGGCUGAGCCCUGGGCCAGCUGGGACGGGGGAUGCAGGAGCUGGUUAAGGCUGAAACCGUCUCGCUGAGGGCUGAGGGAGGGAGGGGAAGCACAGGUUCCUGCUGUUCAUGGCAGUUUCAAAAGGGAAGUACUGCUCCAUCCCCCUGGAUCCAAAGAGACUCUGGAGCUGCAGUGGCAAGUGGCUGUUCUUCCCUCAGUGAACCCACAUGGCACCGAUGAUCCAGAUCGUGGCUCCGUGUGCUGCUGCCUCCCCCCGCUCUCCCCAUGGGAUGGAUUCCACAGUACUUGGCUCAGUGAUGGAUUACAGGUUCUUGGUUCAGUGCCUGAGCCAUGCUGGAUGCUCCAUGUGGACCCAAGCCAGGCCCCUGUGCUCGCUGGUUCGUGAUGAGGGCACGGCGUGUGCUACACGUGAGGGAACGUCUCCAGGAGCUCUUCCGCCUGUGAGAUCUGCAUCCCAUCGUGCUGGAAACAAGGCCUUGGGUCUGUUGGGGGUUAUAUGGCUCAGGAAUAUCUUUGAAGAUUCCAGGCAGUAAACACUUUUCUUAAAUCCAA